AUGGUUGUGGCAUCUACGCUAUGGGCAAUUGAGUUUCAGCACACUAUCAUUGAUGGGGAAACAACAUAUGGUGCGAGGCCUACCAACUAUACAACAUCAAACACAAUUUUCAAAGCUUUGGCUGAGAAGCAAAGUGGAUUUGCUUUGAAAACCUUGCAGUCUGAUCUGAUCAAGGUGGAGAAUUCUCAUCCACAUCAGUUUACAGCUCGGUACACCCCACAGCAAAAUGGUGUGGCUGAGAGAAAAAAUAGGACCAUUAUGGAAUUGGCAAGAAGCAGGUUGAAGGCAAAAGCAAUGCUUAUUCGUUUUUGGGCAGAAGCAGUGGCAUGUGCUGUAUACCUCUUGAACUGUGCAUCGUCUAAUAGUGUGGGAGGCAAGACUCCUCAAGAAGCCUAG